AUGGCAGAAGUGGCUCCCGCGCCCGCCGCCGCGCCGGCUAAAGCGCCCAAGAAGAAAGCAGCUUUGCGGCCAAAGAAAGCUGGUCCUAGCGUCGGCGAGCUUAUUGUCAAAGCGGUUUCUUCAUCCAAGGAGAGGAGCGGCGUGUCUCUCCCCGCCCUGAAGAAAGCUCUGGCUGCCGGUGGAUACGAUGUGGAAAAGAACAACUCCCGCGUUAAGCUCGCCGUCAAGAAACUAGUGGAAAAGGCCGUCUUACUUCAGACCAAAGGCACCGGCGCGUCUGGUUCUUUCAAGCUAAACAAGAAGCAGUCCGAAGCCAAGAAAAUCGCGCCCAAAGCGAAGAAGGUGGCCGCAAAAAAGCCCAAAAAGUUAGCGGUCAAGAAAUCCGCCGCGAAGAAAUCUCCUAAGAAGGCGCCGAAGAAGCCCGCCGCCAAGAAGUCGGCUGCCGCCAAAAAGUCGCCGAAGAAGCCGGCUGCCGCCAAGAAGUCGCCGAAGAAGCCGGCUGCCGCGAAGAAACCCACCAAGAGCCCCAAGAAGGCGAAGAAGCCGACGACUCCGAAAAAGACAGCCAAAAGCCCAAGGAAGGCGAAGACCGUUAAGCCCAAGUGCCCAAACUCGUACAGUAAUAAACUUAAAUCAAGACAACAACAGGCAGGUGAACCCAGCACUGUCCAAAUCGCUCAGGUUCAAUCAACAGCAGGAAAGAAAACCAAGCAAGGAAAUCAAGUAGCAAACAGCUGGGAAGAAACAAAACUCGACGACGACGAGGAAGCCUCCUCUUCUGGAAGCAGCUGCACCAGUGGUGAUGACAGCGACAGCGACUCUGACUCAUCGGAGAGCGACAGCAACCGCUCAGAUGCUUCCGGAAGACAUCAGGAUGCACAGCCAGGAGGCGAGACACAGGAGAGGAACACACGCAGACCUGACGAGGCAACCAAAAUCAACCCAAGUAAAACACGUGAGACUGCGGUCAAGCGCAAGGGCAACAAUGCUGUAACAAAACAUGGAAAAGAGACGGAGAUGGCAACGUCAACACCGGACAUGAGGCAAGAUCUAGGAAUGAACCACAAAUCAACAAAGACCGACACGGAGACUAAAAAGAGGAUUCUUGCAUCACCAGAUGAAGGAAACAGCGAAAAAUCCAAGAUGAGAAAGACAAAGGUAAAUGAUCACUGA